AUGUCAACAUCAUCAGAUUUCUAGCCUCCUUCUCCAAGUCUCUCACCUAGUUCAUAAAUUAAAUGUUAUCAAGAAUAAUUAGAAAAAGCUCAUUCAAUGAUUGACUAUUUGGAAGUAAUGCUUGCAGAGAAGUAAGCAUUGAAAGAGAAUUUCAAUUCAUUUAAUCUGCCUAAGUCUAAAUCUCAUAUGAAAAAAUAAAGUUUAUGCUUAGAUCAAAUUCCUUAAUCAAUUUAAAUACAAUAAUAUGUUACUCCACGAGAAACAAAUUAAUCAAUGAGAUUUACAUCAACGAAUAUGCCUAGUUACAUUUCUGAAUUACAACAAAAGCAUUAAGAAAUUCUCUCAUCUAAUAAGGAGAAAUCAACAGUGAAAAAGCUUUAGAUCUAAGAAAUAUAAGAAAAAGUUUAAGAUCUUUAAGAUGAAAUAAUUAUAUGUAAAGAAAGAUAAAAAAAUACUGAAAUAGCAAAAAAUUAGGCAGAAGAAGUUCUUGAAUAAAUAGAUGAUGAUAUUUUACAUGCAAAAUUAAAAUUACAAUAAGUAAAAUCUUAAGGAGAGUAAAUAUAUGAAAGUAUGAUGAAAUUAGAAGAUUAAGAACAUGAUAAAAAAUAUUAUAUGGGUAGAACUUCUACAUUAAAAAGAAAGAGAAGUGAAAUAAAACCACCAAAUCAAAUUAAGAAUUAAUUAAAUUAAUUAAAAAAUGAAAUUGAAUAACUCAAAUAAUCCAAAAAAGAAAAAGAGGAAUAUUAUACUUAAAAAAUAAAGGAAAUUGAAUAAUAAUUAGAUUAAAGAAAAACUAAUGAAUCAUUACCUGAAGAUUAACUUAAUGCUUCCCUUAGUCCUGAUAGACAAAAAGUAAGAGUUUAUAAAGGUAAGCAUGCUUUAUUGUAGGUAAUAUUUAUAUUAAUAUAAAAAGCUUACACUAAAUUCUGAUUCUUGUUCUAGAUCUUAUGCAUUAAGAAAGUCAUAAGAAAAUAAAUUGAAUUCAGCAUUUGAUUUCAAACAAUUUGAUGAACAUGAAAAUGUUUCAAUAGAUUCUUUUAAGAAUAAAGAUAAAAAGAAUAGAACAUGUGAUCCAUGUACUAUCUUUUGA